AUGUUUUUAACAAGGAGUGAGUACGACAGAGGAGUCAACACUUUUAGUCCAGAAGGUCGUCUGUUCCAAGUUGAAUAUGCCAUCGAGGCAAUUAAGCUGGGAUCUACUGCCGUCGGUAUCCAAACAUCCGAGGGUGUUGUGCUUGCUGUUGAAAAGCGAGUCACUUCUCCUUUGCUCGAGUCAAGCUCCAUUGAAAAGGUUAUGGAGAUUGACUCACAUCUUGGUUGUGCCAUGUCUGGAUUGAUUGCAGAUUCCCGCACCAUGAUCGACCAUGCUCGCGUAGAAGCUCAGAAUCACUGGUUCACAUACAACGAAAAAAUCAAGGUUGAAAGUGUUUCACAGGCCGUGUGCGAUCUUGCACUUCGGUUUGGUGAAAGUGCUGAUGGUGAAGAUGCUCUCAUGUCUCGUCCUUUUGGUAUUGCGCUUCUCAUUGGAGGUGUUGAUGAGAAAGGACCUCAGCUAUUCCAUGCCGAUCCAUCUGGUACUCUGACACAAUACGAUGCCAAGGCAAUUGGGUCGGGCUCAGAAGGUGCACAGACUGAGCUUCAAGAGCAAUUCCACAAGUCUCUUACACUUGCAGAGGCUGUUAGUCUCUCGCUCAAGGUUCUUAAACAAGUCAUGGAGGAAAAGAUUUCUGCUUCAAAUGUGCAGGUUGCCACUGUUACUGCUCAGAACGGAUAUAAGCUGGUUUCUGAGGCUGAUCUUGUAGACGUUGUUGCGAAUCUCGCUUAA